AUGCGCUGGUCCUCCCGGCUCCUGGCCCUGGCUGUCACAGGUGCACUAGGGGCAAGCGCCUUUGAUGCUUCCCUCUUCACCUUUCACCUUCAGGAUGGACAAGACUCCGUCUCGGAAGAUGUCGCGCAGCUGAUUGUGGAGCUCCGGACCAAGUCCUCUCUCGCAGCCGUGCUGGGCAAGAUGGACACAGAGACCGCGGAUCAGUUAAAUCAGUUUGUCCGGUCCGAUAACACGCUAUUUGGAGGCGCCGAUGGCCAUGACUCCCCCAAAAGAAGCUUGGUGUUGCUCGAGGGGGUCGAUGGGCAAGUGGGUUCGGCGAUCCAAAAGAGCCAACCAAGUUAUAUCCACAUCCCUCGUGCUUCCUCCGAUUUCAUGGACAGCGAUUCUCUGGACUCAUUCCUCGGAAGUGACGGGACAGGAAUCAAUGGCAAACAUUGCACCUACCACAGUACGCCCGGUCUGCCAAUGACCUCUGAGAAUGCCAAAAAAUGCGUAUCCGAAGACCCUAUUCUCUCCUCCGGGGGUAACUUACUCGACCACGACUUUCUCGGCCUCAUUGAUUCGGUGGAAACCUGGACCCCUGACGGGCCCGGACUGUCGGCUUCGAGAAUACUAUUGAAGGUAAUGGAAAGCCCCAAUGAGUUCAACGGAUGGACACUAAUCAAACACUUCUCUCAGCCCCAGAGUUCUUCGGGUGAUUCUGAGCGCGUCGCCAACUCGCUGGAGUCCUUCUUCCACACUCUAGCCAAAUUAUCUUCUUCAGGCAAACAGGAGAUCACUGCCCUGAUUCUACCGCGCCGCAAUGACUCAGAACACAAGCUGGCCCGCCGAGGUACUUCCGGCAUGCUAUCUCGAGCCCCGAACCCGAACCAACUGAGAGCCCUCAAAAGGUCGGCCCAAGACAUGUCGGUGCCGUCCACACUCACCCCCGUGUGCUAUGCCUCCAACUCGACCUGUGUCGAAGCAACGGAUAAUUGCUCGGGUCACGGCUUCUGCUAUAAAAAAUCUGGAUCAGGCAAUUCAGGAGCCGAGGACAGCUGCUUUGCCUGCCAAUGCAAACCAACAGUCGUGGAGAAAGACGAUGGCACAACCGAGACCAUCCAAUGGGGUGGGUCAGCUUGUCAGAAGAGGGAUAUUAGCUCGCCCUUCUUCCUGGUCGCUGGGGUCAGUAUUUUGGUUGUGGCAAUGGUCAGCGGCGCGAUCGGGAUGUUGUUCAGCGUGGGCCAGCAGGAGCUGCCGAGCGUGAUCGGGGCAGGUGUGGGCGGCACCAAGGCCCCAAUGUGA